AUGGCAACACCAAUAAUAUCUUUCCGUAUGAAAGGUCAGACAAACUGUAUUUAUCACAAGGAAAGACUUCUUCAAUUGUAUUGUGAAAAAUGUCAAGAACUGGUUUGUCUGAAAUGCCUUUCCUCUAUUCACAAAAUUCAUCCAGUUUGUGAGCUCAGUGAAAUUACUUCUCAGAAGAAACAAGACAUUAAAAACUUUAUCGACAGGACAGAAAAAAAUGACCUGGUGCGAAUCGGGAAAUGCAUCGCCUCUACGGACACUCUCGUCAAAGACAAUGACAGCAGGUUUGAGAAACUGUCACGUCAGUUGAAGAUACAAACAGACAAAUUAAAACAAGACCUUGACAAGCUCACAGCCGAGAGCCUCUCUGUUUAUCAGAAAAUGAAAGAAGACAAUACCAAACUCAUACAGAAAUACAAACAUGACCUGGAGAUGUACGACAAACAACUCAAACAACAAAUACAGGAAUGUAAGACAGCCCUUCAGCGUGGUUCUCACAUAGAAAUCUUCGACACAGGAUGUGAAAUAGAUUCCCAAAUACAUUUCCCUGUAAAACCUGUUCUGGGUACAGCCAGCUUCACCCCAAACAAAAAUCCACGAGGUCUACUGGAACAAGCCAUAGGGAAAGUGACCACUUCGGGUCAAGGUAAAACAUUAACUCGAUCAGUCCCAGCUUUUGAUGUUCGGAGACAAUCCUCUCAACAACAGAAAUGUCCCGAAGAUAAAGGAAAUAAAGGAAAGCAAGCAGUGAUAAGGAAGACACUUAAACAGUCAGCGAUCAAAGUGGAUGAAUGGGAGUCUCCAUGUCGCAUUUCAUCUAUAUGCCCCAUCACGGAUGACCAGGCCUGGACCAGUUAUUACUUCAAUAGCACACUUACUCUCCUAGACAGGAAAGGAACAGUUAUACAGAAGGUCAUACAUAGGGCUGUGAUUCGAGACAUCAGUCUGUCACCAAAAACAUUAAGACUUUGGGUCUGUGACGCACAAAACAACAUCAUGGAGCUGAUAUCAGGACAACUAAAAAUCAGAUUCAGAACCAAGGAGGAACCUAGAUGUAUAACUGUUACAGCCAGAAACCAUGUCAUUGUGGGCAUGACCAAACACAUCUCUAAAUUUACCACACAAGGUCAGAUGGUGCUCACUACAAGCGCUACGGGAAGUGGGAAGCCAUUAGUGUGUACCCCAUCCUGGAUCACAGAGUGUCCUGUCACUCACAAUGUCGCUGUGAUUGAUUUCAGUAAAACAAGUGAUGGUGGUGAUGGAAACCGACAUGUGGUUGUCGGGGAUACUGAUUUCAAGAAACUAUUUGUAUAUGGAGGUGACAUCCCCAGUACAUAUAAACAAACACAGCACACAGGUGGUGAACCAUUUAACCCCCGAAGUCUGGUGUAUGAUAGUGUGGGGAACCUCAUCGUAGGUGACAAGGACAACUAUAGGAUCCUACUCCUUAGUGGAGGUGGUGAGUUCCUCAGGAUCAUCCACACAGACACGUGCUGUAUGUGGGUUGUAGAUGUAGACAGGAACGAUGUCCUUUGGACAGUAUUUGGAAGAAAUGUACAACUACUACAGUACAGCAGUAUUUGA